UCAUACACACGGCCCGACUAUGUAGCUGACAGGACGGAUGGGAGGUGGAACAAAACAAGAUACAUUGAGUUUCUUUUCCACCUAAAUGAAACUUAAUGUCCAAAGGUUUUGAUAUGAUGUGGCUGUGAUUCACCUGAUGACUCCUCCCGUGCCAAUAUAACAGCUGACUGCACGUGAAAUCUGGCACUCAACCCAGCUGACACAACACACACACUGCAAGAUGUCUGGUGAAAAAAUCAUUGUUUUCUUUGACCUGGAGGCCACUGGUUUAGACACUGAUGUGUGCGACAUCAUCCAGUUGGGGGCCAUCUGUGGACGGAUGGACUUCAAUCGCUACAUCCUGCCGACCCGCCCCCUCACUGAGAGUGCCAAGCAGGUGACGGGUCUGACCUGCAGGGAUGGCUGCCUGUUUCUCCGCGGGACUAAGGUGGAAACCGUCCCUAUGGAGGAAGCUCUCACCUCCUUCAUCGACUACCUCCGCUCUUUCCGUAAGCCUGUGCUGCUGGCGGCCCACAGUGCAAUGCGGUUUGAUGCACCUGUGAUCACCAGGUGGCUGCGUAAGCACUCCCUGCAUACAGAGUUCAAGCAGGUGGUCUCUGGGUUUGUGGAUACCUUCCCGCUGAGCAAGAACCUCCAUCGGGGUCUGAGCAGUUAUUCUCAGGUCAAUAUGGUGCGUCACUUCCUGGGAAAGACCUACAGCGCCCACAAUGGAGUGGAGGAUGCCAGCAUGCUGCAGGAGCUGUUCAACUCAUGGAGUCCCAGCCAAAAGAGCAUCUCCAGGGUGACCUACUCGACUUAAAGGUCACCUAUUGUGCAAAAUCCACUUUAUCAUGACUUUUAUACAUGAACAUGUGUCCCCUCUGUGGAAAGAGACUCUGAAAGUUUCAGGAACAAAGAUUCUCUCUCUUUUUGUCCUGAUCCAUUUCUAUAAAAACUAGGAAUGGGAAUUUGAAAGCAAAAUGUAUAUUUGAAUAUUCGACCCCCAAAAAACGGUUAACCGAAUAACCAAAAUGUACACAUCCUAUACAAAAUAUUUGAAACAGGGCUGAAACAGAGGGGAUUAUGGGAUGCUGCAAUGGUCUGUUUGGUAUUUCGAGUCACUAGCACUUCAGAGACAUGUUUUGUUUAUUUGAGACCUAUAAUAUAUAGAUGAAAAACAGUAGGGGACCUUUAAAGAAAGAUUAGCUACAGAAAAUAUACAUUAUAUUUAUAUAUUAAUUUUCUUUGUUACACUGUUCAUUCUGCAAGUUUGUUUAAUGUAACAUGUGUCAUAAUCACAGGUGUUUGUCUUAAAUUGUUGCACUUUUUUCCCACAAAUAAAGAUUUAUUUUCUAUUUGAUUCUACCA